CACCCGUCGAACCUUUCCAUCUGCGCCCAAAUGUCGACGAGCUACACGCAGCCGGUCUACAGCCGGCAGAUAGCUCCUGCUCCUCAUCCGCAGAUGCUGCCGCAGCAACCGUACAUGGUCUCCCAGUUCCAGCCGGGUGCGCCGUCGUUCGUGCCCGGCAUCAGAUACUACGACGUCCAGCAGCAUCCUCCGCAGUACUAUCAAGAGUGGCGGCCGGCGGGCUUCCCACCUCCGCUCCUCGCCCCUCCGCUGCCGCCUCCUCCACACACUCUGGCGCCCGCGGUGCCUGCUGCGCCGAUUCAGCAUAUGCCGCAUCAUCAGCAUCAUUCACAUCCUCACUCGCACCUCCAUUCGCCCUCGCAUUCGCAGCAGCAAGUCCUCAUUCCACAGCAGCCACCGGUCUUCUUCUCUCCACAGCAGCAGCAGCAGCAGCAACACCUCCACCAGCCUCCUCUUCCUCAUCCCGCACCCAGCCAAGAGCCUACCCUUCCUCUGCUCUCGUCUCUGUCCUCAUCCCCGUCCGUCCCGUCGCCAUCAUCACCUUCGCCUUCUUCGCUGCCUUCUUCCUCCGAGCCAUUAGUUCGUAGAACUCCCUGGUUCUCCGACCCUGCAUCUCCCUUCCCCUCCCGCCACGGCGCCAACCACCCUGUCUUGCUCCGCUCCCGAAUACAGCAGCUGGCGAAGCGCUCGAUCAGCGUAGACAACAUCGUCAGUCAUGCGGACGAGUUCCAAAUCGACCGAUCUUUCAUUUCGCCGAGAGUCCGUGCAUCUGUCGAGAAAUCACUGCCCCCAUCACCUUUGCACAAACAAAUAUCCUCAGACAUCUCCUUUGGAACGACCGGAGAGCCCGCGACAUAUCUUCCGCCUAUCGAAAUCCCCACAGUCAAACCAAAGUCUCCAGCGGUCGAGCCAGCUGCCCGUCCUGGGACGCCGGUAAAGGAAUCACAGCAGAGCAUAAAGCCAGAGGGCACCCCUGCAAAGGCAGAAGCCGGGACACAUUCUCGGACUGUCUCAUCUCGAUCAUGGGCCGAUAUCGUCAAGCCCCCUCCCGUAAAAGUCUCGACUCCUCCAGCUACUCAGCCAGCGAGCAGCUCUACUCAAUACACCACAGCCGCCGCGCCGUCUUCGAACUCUACAGAACCGGCCUCGCCUUCAUCGGCUUCAUCCGAGAGUUCAAGGUCGUCCGAUGCUACUGAACUGGAGCUGUCGACAGCAUCUCAUUCAUCUGCUUCGCAGUCGGCGGACCUGUUCACGGCACCUGCGCCUGCGCUUCUCCCCCGUGGCCUUGUCAACACCGGCAAUAUGUGCUUCAUGAACUCGAUUUUGCAAAUUCUUCUCUACUGCGUUCCCUUUUACUCUUUCGUCGAUACGAUGGGCAAGAAGCUGACGCACAGAUUUGAUUCCGAGACCCCGAUCUUGGAUUCGCUGAUUCUUUUCAUCCAAGAGUUUGACCCGAAAACCGUCAACGGCUUCAACAAAGACAGCGCGCUCGCCGAGGCCCUUGCUGCGUCUCUCAUCACCGCGAGCGAAGAGAACAGUGCGGCUACACCUCCACCCCAGUCUCAGAUGCAGUUCGGGGAGCCGUUUAUUCCCGAGUUUGUUUACGACGCGCUGCGGGCAAACACGCUGUUUGCAAACAUGCGCCGCGGACAUCAAGAAGAUGCUGAGGAGUUUUUGGGAUUCCUGCUCGAUGGGUUGCAUGAGGAGUUUAUGGCGGUUGCGCAGCAGCUCCAGAAGAAGCAGAUCAUGAGCGGGAUUACACCAACGAAUUUUGUUGAGGCUGCCAUCGCCGAGCUGAAACUUGAGGAGUCUAGUGCGGGCGACGGAUGGCUAGAGGUCGGAAAGAAGCACAAGAUUGCAGUGACUAGAACGGUUUGUGUCCCUUUGCAGUCUAGGAAAGUUAUAGGUUUCGCUAACAAAAUAAUACUACAGACAUCCGUGUCAAGCUCGCCGAUAACAAAGCUAUUUGGAGGCCAAUUCCGAUCGGUGAUCCAGGCGGCACGCCAGAAGCCAUCAGUGACUCUGGACCCGUAUCAGCGCGUGCAGCUGGACAUCUCGGACGCCGAGAUCCAUACGAUCGAAGACGCGCUCGCGAAUAUUUCGCAAACCGAGGUGAUCAGCCAGUACAAGAGUAAGCAGGGCGAGAUAGUCGAAGCCAGCAAGCAGACGUUUUUUGAGAAGCUACCAAAGGUGCUUAUCCUGCAUCUCAAGAGAUUUCACUUCAAGGUUGACGAAGCGUCAGGGUACGCCUAUGUGCAGAAGAUCAACAAGACUAUCGGAUACAAGUGCGAGCUGCAGAUUCCACCAGAGUGCAUAUCGCUGCCACACCGAGACGAGGAGGCGAACUACAAGCUGUUUGGGGUAGUCUACCACCAUGGCAAGUCGACCGAAGGCGGCCAUUACACAGUUGAUGUGCAUUACAAGCCGCGGAACCAGUGGCUCAACUUUGACGACGUAAACAUCAAGACCAUACGGCCGGAAGGUGUUGAGACAGAGUAUGAAGACGAGCAGACGAUGCGGAGGCGGAUUGUUGGAAGCGGGGAUAACGGGGACGAACGGACGGCAUAUUUAUUGUUCUACGAGCGUGUUUGAAAAGCGGUCAGGAGAAGCAUUUGCAGAUCCAGUGAUUUGGCUGGGAUUAAUCAAAAUAUUGUCGCUUUUUUUUAUUGUUGUUUUUUGUUUAUCUGUGGUUAGCAGUACUGGCUUGAAAGGUUGCAAUUUGUUCUAAGGUUGAGUGUGCAUUUUCUAUUUUAUCUAUUUUAUAUGUGCCUGCAGUCCACAUCUAUCAUAAUCAUGCAGUAGUUAGUUUGUAAUAGGCAUUUGUUUAGUCAAUUGGGGGUUGUAGGCCGAUGAGACGUCUAAUCUAGAAUCCGCAGAGGAGGAGCGGCUUCUUCUUCAGGGUCUGGCGCACGGC